AAGGAGCUAUUGAAAGAGCAGCAGAUGUAUCGGGCAUACCUGGCUGAACAGAUGGAGGAGGAAAAACGCCUGGAAAAAGAAAUGGACAAAGUGAGGGAAGAAGAGAUGUCCCGGAUGUGGGCCAGGAGGGCCGAGCGGGAGAAGCAAGGGAAGGCGGCCCGGGAGCGCUUAAUGAAGGAGGUCCUGGAUACGAGGCAGCUUCAGAUCCAAGAGAAAUUGCAGAGAAACGCUCAGGAGCAGGAGGCCCUUCUCAGAGACAAGGAAUUGCUGAAUGCGGCCAUUCGAGAAUACAAUCGUCUAGAAGAAGAGAAAUAUGCAAGGCGCCUGCGGCAAGCGAAAGAAUAUCGGGAGGACCUCCGAGCUCAGAUGGAACACAUCAGGCAGGCCCGGGAGUUUGAGAAGGAAGAGGAGCGCCGCGAAUACGAAUCAGCCCUGGAAGCCGAGAGGCUUUUACAGCAGAAGAUGGCUGACGUCCUUUCAAGACCUUACAUGAAACUGAUAAAUCUCCAUCCUGUGCGAAGGCAGCUGGUCAGCAGUGCUCAACCUGGGCAAUGAUUUCUUCUUCUUCUUUUUUUAAGCUGCUGUCACUCAUGGUGUUUUAAAACCAUCAAGUGUAAACUCCUGCUUAUUUUGUGAGCUCAUUACUCAACGAGCAUGAAAUCUCCCCACACGGUUCCCUACUUCAGGGGUGUCCAACUCUGGCACUUUAGAUGUCCGUGGACUACAAUUCCCAUCAGCCCCUGCUGGCAUGGCCCCAUUGGCCAUUCCAACAGAGGCUGAUGGGAAUUGUAGUCCAUGAACAUCUGAAGCACCAGAGUUGGACCUCUCUGCCCUACUUUAUCUGUCUUCCGUUCCCUAGGAAAGUAGAAACUACUUUUAAAAAAAUGCUGUCAAAAGUUAACAAUUUAAAAUAAACGCUACGUGCCGAA